UAAUGGCUGCGCAGUUGUUUGGCGGAGCGAGUCGUUUUCACUGUUUCUGGUGAAGUUGCCGUCGUUGCCGUCGCUUGUUUGUACGCAAUGGACACGAGUUCUCACAAAGCAGCGUGGUCAGAGGAAGAAACCAAGACGCUCAUACGGCUCUGGGAAGAGCACCUUAGCGACCUACGCCGCGCAAAGCGCAACAUAAAUGUUUACGACGCCAUGCGGCAAAAGAUGCAAGAGUUGGGCUUUAAGAAGACGACAAAGGAGAUUAAGAAGAAAAUGGAAAACCUCGGCAACAAAUACAGACUCAUAAAGCGUAAGGAUACAGGAACAGGGUCAGGGGCCAUAGCCUGGCCUUAUUAUUGGGACCUGCACCGGUUCCUCGCUUCACUGCCGUUGCACGACGACAGCCUUGCGCAGGAGAGCACCUGCACUGAAGCUUCUUCCCAUGCACAAGAGAUCCUAAACGGCAUUGUGUGUUGUGAAGUAGAUGAGCCUGACAAUGCCGUUGAUGAAUGGUCGACACCGCUUAGCAUGGCAACGCCAUCACCGAGUGGUUCACCAGGAGUAUGCACCUCACUGCCAUCUACCCCCUCCCUGGCAUGGCCCACCCCCAGCGGCGAAAAUGAAUUCCAUCACCAGCAGGAGACAAAAGCUGCUAAGCGAAAGCGGCAGCCAGCCACGAAUACACUACUGACGCAGCUUCUGCAGGAGCAGCACCAGCUUCACCUUUCACUUGAGUCAAGGCGAGACCGGGAAAUCAAACUGAAGGAAGAGGAACUGAAGCUUUUGCAGCAGUUUUCUAAAACUGACGAUAAACUACUCACCAUUUUAAGUGACAUGGCAAAGAAAUAAAUGCCGUGUGAAGCCAUGGUGGA